AUGACUCCGCUUUCGCCCUCACCUGCUCCGUCCGCACUCUCCUCCGCCGCAAACUCUCAACAUUCGCAUGACCGGGAUGGAGACCCUUCGGUAACACGCGCCUUUGCGGGCAUGAACCUGUCCGCGCCGAACGGGGAGCUUCUCCCUGGAACGGCCUCCCCAGUUCCCCAACGACCAAAGGUCGCCAAUAUGGCCACCCGCAUUUCCCGAAUGUUCAUUCCUGGAAAGCAAACCCUCAACAAAGAACACGAUAUCAACCGUGACCUAUCCGACAGUAGCUUGGAGAGCGUCCAAGCCAAUGCCCAGAAUAUGCACCCCAACCUCACCAACGGCAAAGACAAGCCCUCCUCCACCAAAGAGAAAUCUACUUCAAAGCCCUCCUCAAGGGCAAACUCCAGACCCCCUUCCCGAACUCCCUCACGCCAAGCUUCAUUAAAAAAUGAGCCGAUCGAUGGACCCAAGAAGAAGCCCGGCAGCAACAAAGAAUCUAAAGAUGGCGUCCCCCCGCACAAGCGCUUCGAGGUUCUUCCCGAAGGCACUGGCACCCACUCCCAUAAUCUCCGCAGCGCCAGACGACAGGAGAAACUGACCGACCUCCUCCGAGACAUGCUAGGCGGCAGCAGGAAAAAGGGCGAUGACCACCAGGUCGACGAGACCCAGCUCUCUCUCAUGUCAACCUGGAUCGACCAGUUCAAGAACGAGCGUGACAAGCUCGCUCUCGACAAAAAGGGUGGUCCCAACGCCACCGCAUCCCUCGUCGACAAAUACGGCAAGUGCCAGGAGAUUGUCGGCCGCGGCGCCUUCGGCAUAGUCCGAAUCUCGCACAAAGUCGACCCCGCAGACUCCAAAUGCGAACAACUCUACGCCGUUAAAGAAUUCCGCCGCCGGCCGCAAGAAACCGCAAAAAAGUACCAGAAGCGCCUAACCUCCGAGUUCUGCAUCUCCUCCUCCCUCCGCCACCCGAACGUCAUCCACACCCUUGACCUCCUCCAAGACGCCAAGGGCGACUACUGCGAAGUAAUGGAAUACUGCGCCGGCGGCGAUCUCUAUACCCUCGUCCUCGCGGCCGGCAAACUCGAAGUCGCCGAGGCAGACUGCUUCUUCAAACAGCUCAUGCGCGGCGUGGAGUACAUGCAUGAGAUGGGCGUUGCGCACCGCGACCUGAAGCCCGAGAACCUCCUCCUGACGACACACGGCGCGCUGAAGAUCACCGACUUUGGCAACGGCGAGUGUUUCCGCAUGGCGUGGGAGAAAGAAGCGCACAUGACGGCGGGUCUGUGUGGGUCGGCCCCUUACAUUGCGCCGGAGGAAUAUACGGAGAAGGAAUUCGAUCCUCGGGCUGUGGAUCUCUGGGCUACCGGCGUGAUCUACAUGGCUAUGCGGACGGGGCGGCAUCUGUGGCGCGUCGCGCGUAAGGACGAGGAUGAGUUUUAUCAGCGGUAUCUGCAGGGGCGCAAGCAUGAGGAUGGUUAUGCGCCUAUUGAGACGUUGCAUCGGGCCCGCUGUCGCAAUGUGAUAUACUCGAUCUUGGAUCCCAACGCCUCCCGCCGAAUCAAUGCCUCGCAGGUCCUCAAGUCUGAGUGGGUGCGACAGAUCAAAUUGUGCAAGGCUGGCGAGGAGGGAUUAUGA